AUGAGCAUAGAUAGAUAAAUUAAUUUGAUGCUUGUGAAUGAGAAUACCAAAAUUAUUAAGACUCAAAAACUCAUCCCUAAUAAAUUUUACAUUAUCAUAAACUUAAACAUUUAUAUUCAAUUUUAUUAAUAACAUAUGUUAUACCAAAGGGAGCCAGAAGAAAUUCUUGAGCCUUCUAAGCCGAAAGUUGAGAAUAGACUUCUAAAGUAUGGCAAAAGGUACGAGGAGAGAAGAAUGAAACUCAAAGAAUCCAUCUAUAAAGAAAUGAUGCAAGAUCGUCCCUUCAUCCAAAACAUCAAUUCCCAAAAAAGAAUCAAUCAAAGUGUCGUUGAUAGACUUUAUGAGUCUCCCCAUUGCGGAAAUAAUUGUGGUUAAAUUGAAAAACUUGUCAAAAAAUCAUCUGUUAGAUAUCCAUUACAAGAAAUAGUCAGACCAAUCAGUUCUUAAAAUGUAUAUUUAAACAUCCCAUCAUAACAAUCACCUCUUAAACAAUCACAAUCUUUAUUCUCUUAGCAAGGCAAGUUCUUGGAAAAUACAUACUCACAUUCAUAAAAAGUCAAACCAAUUCGUUAAUCUUCUGCGUUAACUUUCAAUAACAAUUCUAUUCAUAAAUAAAAUAGCCAAAACAGCAUUAUCCAAAUCAGCAUGGAUCUCUUUCAAAGAAAAAAAAGAUCAUAAAACAUCUGUUGA